AUUCAAACAAAGAUGAACAAGUUUAUUUAUCUAGCAUGCCUUGUCUGGGCAGCAGAAUGUAUGCCGGCGUCAUUUGAUUCGUAUAGCAAGGGUAGAAAACCAACUGUACGGGACAGUUACGGAAAUGUUAUUAAACCAACUGGAACUUCCGAUCCUUAUGACAACAAAGGCAAACCAACCGGUACUGGUGAUUCGUAUGUCGCUAAAAGUAAACCAACUGAUACUGGUCAUUCGUAUGCCGCUGAAAGCAAACCAACUGGUACUGGUAAUUAUGCCACUAAAAGCAAACGAACUGGAACUGGUAAUUAUGCCACUAAAAGCAAACCAACUGAUACUGGUAAUUAUGCCACUAAAAGCAAACCAUCUGGUACUGGUAAUUCGUAUGCCGCUAAAAGUAAACCAACUGGUACUGGUGAUUACGCCACUAAAAGUAAACCAUCUGGUACUGGUGAUUCGUAUGCCGCUAAAGGCAAACCAACUGGUACUGGUGAUUCAUAUGCCGCUAAAAGUAAACCAACGGGAGCUGGUGAUUCGUAUGCCGCUAAAAGUAAACCAACUGGUACUGGUGAUUACGCCACUAAAAGUAAACCAUCUGGUACUGGUGAUUCGUAUGCCGCUAGAGGCAAACCAACUGGUACUGGUGAUUCAUAUGCCGCUAAAAGUAAACCAACGGGAGCUGGUGAUUCGUAUGCCACUAAAAGUAAACCAACGGGACCUGGUGAUUCGUAUGCCACUAAAGGCAAACCAACGGGGGUUGAUUUUCCUUAUGACAGUCAAAAAUAUCCAACUCGAGCUGGUGACCCUUAUGACACUGAAAGCAAACCAUCUGGUACUGGCGACCCUUAUGACCGUCAAAAGUAUAUCACGGAAACUGAUGAGCAUUAUGACAGUCACAAAUAUCCAAUUCGAUCUGGUGAUCCUUAUGACCCUCAAAGCAAACCAUCUGGAACUGGCGACCCUUAUGACCGUCAAAGGUAUAUCAUGGAAACUGAUGAGCAUUAUGGCAGUCAAAGGAACCCAUCUGAAUCUGAUGCUCGUUAUGACACUAACAGAUAUCCAUUUGGAACAGAAGAUCCUUAUGACAGUCAAAACUAUCCCGUCGGAACUACGGAUCAUUACCGCGACUAUAGCAAACCAGCAGUCAGGGGUACAAAUGGAAUAGCAAUUACACAGGUCUUGCUUCGGAUUAUUGAGAGGUUCGAUCGUUUCGAUGACCGUAUUGAUGCCUUAUCCAAUCUCAUCAAAGAUUUCAAGACACACGAUGGUGCUAAUGGCUAUGAGGAUAGGAGAUACUACAAUGACUAUCCCCUGUAUGCCGAUGAUAGAUACCGUGGCAGGUAUCCAGGUGAUACAUACCCAGAAGAAUACCCAAGUUACAUAUAUCCAGAAGAAUACCCAAGUUACAGAUAUCCAGAAGAAUACCCAAGUUACAGAUACCCAGAAGAAUACCCAAGUUACAAAUACCCAGAAGAAUACCCGGUCGCAAGACGUCAAAACGAAGAUCCAAGAUAUGGAUACCCAGGCGAGUACCCGAUCGAAAGACGGUAUACUGACAAUAAAUACCCAGACGGUCAAUCCACCUUGAACACCAUCAGUAAAUAUCCUGGUGAAUCACCUCCGUACACAAACAGUGAUUAUCCCCAUGAUCCAAGCGAUGAUUAUAUCAUCUACCCAGGCGAUAAAUAUCCAACGUAUAUUGGCAAUACACAUCCCACCUCUCACAACGAAGAUGAGGUUCAGAUUCCUGUUCAUGUACGCUAAGAGGUUUUAGGGAGAUGGGUUUUAUAUAGGCUAAACCUGUUUCCCAAUCCCUGUUUCGCAAUUUCCAAAAUAAAAAUAUUGUUUAACAAAAAAAAAAGGCUAAUCAUAGUUCCCAUUUAAUUUUAUAAUUGUCUGUUUAGGCACUGUGGACAAUCAUUCACUACGUUCAAGUUCAAUUUGAAAAUAUCUCCUCUGUUGAAUCGAUCCACUUGAUGAAUUUAAAAAUUAGAAUAUUAAUGUAAAACCACAUUACCACCCACAUAUUUACAUAUUACCUCAGUUGAAACGUGCGCGUUGUGUCAUAAGGUAUGUCAUUGAGUCAACUGGCGUGGUUUCGAUUUCCUCGUUGUACGUGACAAGGAGUAGGUUCGCCUGUCCAACCUCAUGGGUUUUCUCCAGGUCCUCCCGUUUCCUUCCACUGCUAAAGACCACUGCAAGGGAAUUAUUGAAAUAAUUUAAACCAUAUGUUAAUCCCGAAAUGACCUAGUUUGUGUCGAGUGGACGUUAAACCCUAUUUCUCUAUCUCUCUUUCCACAAAUGUGUAAAAAUAAAUCGAUAAAGAAUACAAGAGAAGAAAUAAAUAUACAUGAUUAUACCGAAUGAUUCCUAAU